UACUCGUGCUCAGCAAACCAUUCAGCUUGUACAAAGAACUCUUGAGUUUAUCCCAUACAACUGUUAUUGUCGUUUUUGUAGUUGUUGUUGUUGCUGUUGUCGCUGUUGCUAUUGUGGUUUUCGAUCCAACAACAGCUGGGCUUUCGCCCCUCUGUCUAACGGUAUGCAAUGAUCAAUGCAGGUCUGCUGCAGUUACUUUUGGUUCCAUUGAGUGUGAGGUCUGUGUUUGGUUCUGGAAGGAGAAGUAAAGCUCUCAGGUCAAAUAGGCAUGUGCAGUCUCGCCUCAUACGCGUAGUCACAAGAAGGACACCUUGGGGGGAAGUUCUGGUUUUAUUCUGUGUAAGUUAAAGUGGAACUGUGUAAUUAUGUUCUGUUCGCAGGCGUAUGAUCGUGGUCUGUCCUUCUCCCAGAAGGUGGUUGAUACUGUCUUUUCGUUUCGUCCUUGUCAUAUGUUUGAAAACCGCUCUGUGUGUCGUUCUUAGGGCUCACCUGUUCAUCCAGGUUUGUUGUUGCUUUUAAUGCUUUGUUAUGAAGUGUUAUAUGAAGUUUACAUUUUGAGCUGUUCCAGUCUAGACCCCCUUAUGGUUAGUCUACCAUCUAGUUCAACUGCCGUUGGACCAGCAUCUUUAGUGAAAUGAUUAGGAUCUUUGCUGAAACAUGCAGAACACUUAAAUUCGAUUUGCGCUCAGUUUAAUUCACAUUAUAGAGUAAAAACACACAACAAACGAUCUUGUCAUCAGUUUAACUUAUGAAUAUUUUCGCCGAAAGGGUGAGAUUAGUCAUAGUAAUAUGAUCGCAGCGAUAUCAUCACAUGUCUUUUUUGCAUUUACUUAGACAAAACAUUUUCUACCCCAUCAGUCUAUCAUCGAAACCUUCUAUAAUUUCUUGAGCUCGACUUCGCCAAAGACGUACUACUAUUGGGUAUCGACGCCGCGGUUUACCAAACUCGACAAGGGAUUUGACACCAGAAAAGGCCUCUCGUGAAAAAUUAGUAUUGCCAGGGCUUCCUUCACCAUGGUCAAGUCCAACGCUUCUUCAAGCCCCAGAAAUUACACACUAAUACCGGACAGUUUAGACUCUGAUAGGAACUCAGAGGUCAUGUCUAGUAAUGGAAGGUACGUUCACCAUCCUGAGAGUGUCCCUUUGCACGAUGUUAUCGUAGAUAACGGUACCAACACAGCAACUGUUGGUGGUAAGAAUGAAGUACCUACCGGGCGCCCUACAACCGAGGAAAGCGAACUUUAUGAAAACGAGGCCAGUUCAGAAGAUGAUGGCGUUGUCUCAAGGGACAAGUGGGGGAGGAAAGUCGAGUACAUCUUGUCCAUGGUUGGCUACUGCGUCGGACUUGGCAACGUGUGGCGUUUUCCCUACGUGUGUAUCAGGAACGGCGGAGGAGCCUUCCUGAUUCCAUUUUUCAUUUGCCUGACGGUAUGUGGAUUGCCCCUUUAUUUCCUGGAAGUGUCAAUGGGGCAGUUUGUCAGCCUGAGCUCCUUUCAUGUCUGGAAUAUUUGCCCGUUGUCUAAAGGUCUUGGCAUCGCCAUGAAUGUGAUGUCUUUGAUUUGUGCCUGGUAUUAUUCAAUGAUUUUGGCCUGGACCCUUAUCUACCUCGUUAACUGUUUUCAAUCAACAUUGCCAUGGACUCAAUGUGGACAAUGGUGGAACACGGACAAAUGCAUGACGCCACAGGAACAGACGAUUGGUAAUAAAGGCGAAAACACAACAGUAGACGGGAUUGCUGGCAAUCUCACCAGUUUUGUUAUAUCUUACGGAAACGGGACUGCAGAUUUACUGGGAAACGAUACACUACUGAAUUCCACACAGAUCAGCAUGAGAAACGACAGUGUCAGCUCUAGCGAGGAGUUUUGGAUCCAUAAUGUCCUCCAACUGUCCUCUGGAUUCACUGACAUUGGCGGCAUCCCCUGGCAAUCUGGUGUCGCUCUGUUGGCCCAGGCAGUGGUUGUGUUUUUGUGUGUCAUCAAGGGAGUCAACUCAGUCGGCAAGGUUGUGUAUGUGACGGCCACACUUCCGUACAUUUUGCUGACUAUCCUUCUCAUCAAAGGCGCAACAUUGCCGGGUGCUUUAGACGGCGUCAUCUUCUAUCUGAAACCGGACUUCAGAGACAGUCUCGUGUUGUGCUUUGCUUGUGAAGGUACAAGCGUGUUUGCGGGUUUCACUAUCUUCACACUGUUAGGACACAUGGCCCACACUUUGAACGUGCCCAUUUCAAAGUUCGCCAAUACAGGGCCUGGCCUUGCCUUUGUGGUGUACCCAGAAGCCAUCUCGUACCUUCCUGUGCCACAGCUGUGGGGAGUUCUCUUUUUCCUGAUGCUCUUCACCCUGGGGCUGGACUCUCAGUUUGUGAUGUGCGAGACGUUUUUGACCACCAUCAGUGACGUGUUUCCGUGGUUGAUGAAGAGGAGACAGUCUCUCUUCAAGCUCACGUUUUUCUCAGUCCUGUUUGUUAUAUCUUUACCUUACGCCACGGAGGGCGGCAUGUACCUGUUCCAGCUAGUCGACUGGUAUUUCGCCGCCUAUGUCGUGAUCGUGAACAGCAUUUUGGAGCUGUUCGUUGUCAGCUGGAUCUACGGAGCUGAACGCUUCUUUGAUGACAUAAAGCUCAUGCUGGGAUAUCGACCACCGUACAUUUUUGCUAUUUUGUGGAGAUUUCUCACCCCACUAUUCCUUAUGACUGUACUGGUCAACACAUUGAGGACGUAUGGACCUCCUGUCUACCAAGACUACCACUACAGCCAGACAGAAGUAGCCAUCGGCUGGUGUUUGGCUACGGUCUCCUUCCUUCCCGUCCCCAUUUUCGCACUCUACAUACUGGCAAAAACACCUGGAUCCUUUAUACAGCGCUUGAAGACCACGUGCAGACCGUCCAGCCAGUGGGUGCCAGCAGAACCCAAACUGCGAGACGAAUAUAGGGCGGAAAGCAGACAGAAACAGCUGUGUACAUUCCCCGUGCCUUGUCUGGGGCAGAAGGCCUAGUGAAACGUGGGGUUGGCGAGUGCUCUGCUGGUGUGAUUUGCUCCUUUUCCGCUAUCAAACAUCUGUCAUCCUGAUAUCUCUUUCUUCUUAUUUCUGUUUGCCAAUCUAAGGUAGGGGGUGCCGUGGCGGAGCGGUCGGUGCACUCGUCUCCGAAGCCGAAAGUCCGGGUUCGAGCCUCGGUUCUGACAUGGAUUUU